UUUAUUAAAUUCUUAUCAUUUUGAAAUUCUUAAUAUUUUUAACAUGGUUUAGCAUGGCAACAUUGUAUCGUCGCGAUCCACCGUCCUUAAAUACUUCUUCGGAAAUGAAAGAAAAAAUAACAAAUUGGUACGAGAGCGCGGGAGCUGAGCUGAAAAUUGGAUGACUGUGUCAUGAAAAUAUUAUCUAAUAAAGCAAUUAUUAAGAGUGUUGACCACAUGACCAGCAUGAAUUUUGUUGUUUCACUCAAAAUACAAUUGCCAUCUUCUUUUCAACGCCUCUUCGUCAUGCUCCUAUGUUAUCAUUCAGUGACGACUUUAGAAAUUUUAUGGGUCAUAUUGAUUCAAUUGGUCUAUCAUUUUUAGCAUUUUGAGAUACAAACACUUAAUUAAUUCAACUGUCAAAUCCAUCGUUCAACCAUCUUUCUGCCAGCAUCAAUCAUAAUUGUUAAUCGUAUAUCUCGUGUAUAAAGGAAAAACUUUUUCGAUCGAAUCGGCGAAGUUCCAAAGUACAAACCAUGGUUUUCAUAAGGACCCUGUGGAUCAUUCUGAUGGUAUUUUUCGUCGCUGUUCACGGUCAACCAUCGAUAAAAUGCACCGGUGAGCCUGAGGAUGAUUGCAUCACCAAAAGUGUCCGAGAAUACUGCAACACCGUGACGGAACGUCAAUGUCUCAUCUACAAGCUCACCUCGGGACUAGAAACAUUAUUGGACGAAGAAAUGCAGUGAACGUGUUGGAUAGUUCGAAAAAAAAUGCGGUGUACAGUGCGGUAAAAUCUUCGUAUAAUCGGGGACUGUUAUCGUCUCCGAGAUUAGGCGAGUGCGAUGCUCAUUACGUAAAAAAGUAUGGAUCUCCGUUGAAGCUUGAGGAUUCGGGCACCGUACGACCAGGACGAAUGUUUGGUUCAUCAGAAUUUUUAUCGGUGGAGCGACUUCCGAACGAAGUGUUCGAUCACGGGUAUGACGGAUUCAUUCAUUCAUCGGAAUUUUUGAUCCACGAUUAUGAUGUUGGUUUUUUGAGCGAUGAUUUCGAGAAAUAUUUUCACUGGCGUGGAAGCGCUGUGAACACGAACGUAAAUAAUCGCCCAAGCCGCGUUCCUCGUCAGAAAUUAAAAAACCACCAGGCCAAACGAAAAUCGAGAAAAUUCUCGAAGAAAAAGUCGAAAGUCGAAACAAAUUUGGGAGAUGAAAUCGAAGCUCCUUUCUACACAGAGAAUGACACUUUCAGUAGUUUAUUUAGAAACCCAAUGGACAUGCCCAGUGGUAAUAAUUCAACGGAGAAAGCAAAUAUGUUAAGGUGGCUACCCGGGGCUUGUGGCAAUGUAAGAAGAAUCGUCGGAGGCUGGAAUAUCAAAAGCAUAGAACAGCUUCCCUACAUGGCGUUUAUCGACAGCGGAUGCGGUGGUUCGAUCAUCGGCACGCGAUGGGUCAUUACCUCUGCUCAAUGCCUCAUAGGAUAUCAGCCUAAAUUCGUUUACGUUGGAAGUAUUGAUCUCCUCGGUGGAUGCGAACACGGUGUCGAGAGAACUUAUCGCCAUCCAAAAUUCUCGAAUAAAGGAUUUUCAGCUGAUAUUGGUUUGAUAAUGGUAAAGCCAAAUUUUGUAUAUUCCCCGGCUAUUAAACCUAUCAAGUUUACUAGUAAACGAGCACGCGUGGGCUUAUGCGGCAUCGUUUCUGGCUGGGGUGCUCAAAGACACGGAGGAGAACUAUCGAGGAAGCUCAAAAUGACGAUAAUUCCAGUCGUACUAAGGUACAGAUGUCUUUUGAGUCUAACCCAAAGGGAACUAUUUUGUGCCGGAUACAUCGAUGGCAAAGCUGAUUCGUGUCAGGGUGAUAGCGGAGGUCCAUUCGUGGCCGGUGGAUUACUUUAUGGAAUAACAUCUUUUGGUUUUAAAUGUGGACGUCGUAGAUCUCCCGGGGUCUACGUCCAAAUUUCGUCUUAUCGUAAUUGGAUCCAUAGCGUUAGCGGGGUUUGAGUCCAAUUAUGUUUUAAAAUACAUCCGAAUUGUAAAAGCCGACGGAGAAAGAUUUCAUUCUGACUAAAACACUUACCGAUAAUUUUAGCGAAACGUGAAAAAAGAUGGUUCGCCGUCGUCGGAAACUUCGCAAACGUUAACAAAUAAUGAUCGAAGUAAAAAAUUUUUUCAUUCGUCUUGCGACUAGUUACAGAUUUAUUCGAUUCAUUCAAACGUUUUGAUCGAGUGUUUCGCAUUUAAAAAUGGAAAGGAUCUAAAAUUUUCGUCCCCGGAAGGCAACGAAAAUGCAACAUCAUUUUUAAAAAGAUACGGACAACUCGAUUAGGUCGCGACGCAUUUGCAUCGAUCAUAAUAAUUUAGGGAUACGCUUUUGUUGGGUUUUCACUCCUCCUCAUUCUCGAAGCAUCGCGACAGUGAAAAAACGUGAAUCUCCAAUUUCAGCUCCGUUAAGAAACAACCGCGAGCGUUAGUGAUGAACAAAUAUAAAUAAACUUUAGUGCGAUAAACUCCAGCAUAAAAUUUUAAAAGUGUAAAAAUUGCGCCAAGUAUUAAAAAUCGCAACCUCCUUUAUAAUAA